CCGAUGGACUGGGGCGGUACGGCCUCUUCAUCACAAAGAAUAGAAGCCCUUACCAUCACCAAAUUGUGUCGGCAGGAAGGGCGCAAAAGGGCGUUGUUAACAAAAGAGAGAACCUUUGGGGUCUACGUUCUGUUCUUCCGUGAAUGAACGCCCGAAUACCAGGAGAAGUGACAAAUCCGAACGAGAAUUACGUGAUUUUGGGAAAUCCUGUCAUGAUAGAACUUAUGGAGCCAGGGGAGACCCCUGUUGGGGGCGCUGGCACCAUCAAUUGCCACCCGAAAUAGCUCUAUGGCUGAGUAUGGGAACGAGGAAUUAAAAGGUCAAAAGGGAGGAGUUUUGAGAGGGUAUUCCCCUCCCUUUGAAUUUUAUUGGGCAUCUGGACAUAGCCUGUCGAUCCUUGAUUUAUAGACGAGAUCCUCCCAAGCCCGACUCCCGGCAGCUUACAAUGAUGAAUGACCCCCUGGUCAAAGGUCCAACAACGUCACCGCACCCCUGGCCCCGAGCAGAAAUUGAGCAGCAAGGCCCACAUUGGAAUCUAAUUCACGCUCCAGGGCCGGGAGGCGACUCAAUCGGAAGAGUGUUUGGUCCACCCAGACUCUGGCAAAAGAAAUUCGGAAGGCCUCCUGCUUGCCAAUAACAAAAAGAAGUCGGAGGAUAGCUCAUAGCGUCAUCUCCGAGUUAUAAAAGCGACCGCUUAUUCUCAUAUUCUCUCAAGUGUACAUUCAUCCGGGGCCAUUUCGGACGAGCAAUUCUCAUUUACAUGAUGGUUGGAGCGAGGAUUGGCUUGUAGUCCCCAUGUGUAAUAUCAUAAACCUGAAUUUCCUACAUUGAGUUCUCUCCCCGUCCGAUCAAAUUAUCCCUCCACAUCAGCAUGAACUCCAGCGUCCACCGA